ACCCGCGCGGCAGCGGCGGCUGGCGGGCGGCCGCCCUUUUAAAUCCCCGGGCUCAUUUGCAUGGCCCCGCCCCUUGAGUGACACGGCUGGCGCGGGCGGGCCCGUCCCCCCUGCCCCUGGGUCGCUCUUUUUAAGCUCCCCUGAGCCGGUGCUGCGCUCCUCUAAUUGGGACUCCGAGCCGGGGCUAUUUCUGGCUCUGGCGCCGCUCCAAGAAGGCAUCCGCAUUUGCUACCAGCGGCGGCCGCGGCGGAGCCAGGCCGGUCCUCAGCGCCCAGCACCGCCGCUCCCGGCAACCCGGAGCGCGCACCGCAGGCCGGCGGCCGAGCUCGCACAUCCCAGCCAUCACUCUUCCACCUGCUCCUUAGAGAAGGGAAGAUGAGCGAAUCGAGCUCGAAGUCCAGCCAGCCCUUGGCCUCCAAGCAGGAAAAGGACGGCACUGAGAAGCGGGGCCGGGGCAGGCCACGCAAGCAGCCUCCGGUGAGUCCCGGGACAGCGCUGGUAGGGAGUCAGAAGGAACCCAGCGAAGUGCCAACACCUAAGAGACCUCGGGGCCGACCAAAGGGAAGCAAAAACAAGGGCGCUGCCAAGACCCGGAAAACCACCACAACUCCAGGAAGGAAACCAAGGGGCAGACCCAAAAAACUGGAGAAGGAGGAAGAGGAGGGCAUCUCGCAGGAGUCCUCGGAGGAGGAGCAGUGACCGUGCGUGCCGCCUGCUCCUCACUGGAGGAGCAGCUUCCUUCUGGGACUGGACAGCUUUGCUCCGCUCCCACCGCCCCCGCCCCUUCCCCAGGCCCGCCAUCACCACCGCCUCCGGCCGCCACCCUCAUCUUCCACCUGUGCCCUCACCACCACACUACACAGCACACCAGCCACUGCAGGGCCCCCAUGGGCUGAGUGGGGAGCGGUUUUCCCCUGGCCUCAGUUCCCAGCUCACCCACCCACCCAUGCAUACACACAUGCCCUCCUGGACAAGGCUAACAUCCCACUUAGCCGCACCCUGUACCUGCUGCGUCCCCACUCCCUUGGUGAUGGGGACAUUGCUCUCUGGGCUUUCGGUUUGGGGGCGCCCUCUCUGCUCCUCUACUGUUCCCUCUGGCUUCCCAUAGUGGGGCCUGGGAGGGUUCCCCUGGCCUUAAAAGGGGCCCAAGCCCCAUCUCAUCCUGGCACGCCCUACUCCACUGCCCUGGCAGCAGCAGGUGUGGCCAAUGGAGGGGGGUGCUGGCUCCCAGAAUUCCCCAGCCAAACUGUCUUUUGUCACCACAUAGGGCUCACACCUUUCACCCCCACCUUCCCGAGUCCCUCCACUAGGUUGGACAGCCCCGUUUGGCUACAGGAAGGCAGGAGGGGUAUGAGUCCCCUACACCCUUUUCACUGUGGUCCCAGCCCCCUGGCCCUCUGCCUGGGAUCUGAGUCUAUAUUGUGGUGAUGGAGAUGCAGUCACUUAAUUGUCCAGGUGAGGCCCGUGAGCCCUGUGGCUACCACCUGAGAUGGGCUGGAGCUGUUCCCCCCACCCUACUUUGCUUCUGCUACUCGGCCAUUUCCCCCUCCUCAGAUGGGGCACCAAUAACAAGGAGCUCACCCUGCCCACUCCCAACCCUCCUGCUCCUCCCUGUCCCCCAAGGUUCUGGUUCCAUUUUUCCUCUGUUCACAAACUACCUCUGGACAGUUGUGUUGUUUUUUGUUCAAUGUUCCAUUCUUUGACAUCCAUCAUUGCUGCUGCUAUCAGCGCCAAAUGUUCAUCCUCAAUGCCUCCUGUUCUGCCCACGAUACCCUACCCCAAGAUACUCCUCAUGGGGAAGAGGGGCUGGGGCAUGGCAGGCUGGGUGACUGACUAGACUACCCCAGUCCCAGGGAAGGUGGGGCCCUGCCCCUUGGAUGCUGCAGCAGAGUGAGCAAGGGGGCCCGAAUCGACCACAAAGGGUGUAGGGCCAUCUCCUCCCCCUGUUCUGUCGGGGAGGGGUAGCCAUGAUUUGUCCCAGCCUGGGGCUCCCCCUCUGGUUUCCUAUUUGCAGUUACUUGAAUAAAAAAUAUCCUUUUCUGGA